CAAUGGCGGCGAUGGUGGGCCGUGAGUUCAAUGGCGGCGGUGGCGGAAGCAGGUGGGCAGAGGAGGAAUGGAAGGAGACGUCGGUCGUCUACUACCCCACGGCGACGAGAGGUGCUGCCACGCCGUCAAAGGAAACAUUGGAUCAAUUGGAGAAUGAUGGUGUGAUUAGAAGCAGGAAUUCCAGAGACAUUGAGGAAGAAAAUAAGCAGCUAGUGCAAAAGCUUAAUGAAAUGGAAAAUGAGAUAAAGAGAAGGAAAUCUAGGAAGAAAGAAAUGCAGAGGGCACACCAGCAAGAUCUUAGAAAUAGAGAUAGGAGAGAGUUUAUAAUGUUGAUAGUUGUAGCUUCUGGCUUGAUCUUGUACUGUGUUGUUGCUUUGUUCAUCAGGGGCUUUGUGUGA